AUGUCCAACACAACACCCCGCGCGAGCAAUGAUGUGCGCUCCUUGCAGACAGCACGUCCCGGCUCUUUACGGCAAGCCGACAAUCCACGAGAAAAAAACACGUGUAUUCCAGGUAUCCUCCGUCGCAUGUCCAUCGAUAUGGAUACCGGAGACGGUGACCUCUACACGUACUGUCGUGUUGAGGUUUGUUCUUACCUCUUUGUAGGCUCAAGCUUCAUCGCCGCUAAGGUUGCCUCCGAAGCUGAGCUUACAGUCAAGCUCGCCAGGGACGCUGCAGAUAGAUCCAAUGAUCCACUCCUCGUUGCCAGAUGUGAGUUUUGGAUGGGACGAGUUGAGUUACUGCGCGAAAACAUAAGCAGAUCUCAUGAGCACUUUGUGAAAGCGAACGCUUGCGCCAUGGAUCCAAACGAGGGUGUCGAAUGCCAGGACCUGAGCCUUUACCUGGAUAUCACAAGGCAUGGAAUUAGUCCGAAAACUCGGGCUGAAAGACUGCGUGCCCAUUAUGAGGCUAUCGCGAGGGAGAUGAAAUUUAACAGGACCGACAACAACUCUGUCACGAUCGAAUUUAAACGCAAGCGACCGUUGAGGACUUGGAAGGGCGCUCUCGUCAAAAUGCAACUACCUUUGAUCAAGCAACGUCCGUUGACAAAAGUCAUGAAGCCCCGGUGUAGGGUGCGGAUUCAACAGAAGAUGGACGAGGAGCACAUGGAGCAAGGAGUGGUUAACGAGAUGAAUUCGAAAAACGAGGUUCUUGGAAUGGUUCUUGCAGAAGAGCUUGGUUAUGAGCCUUGGAGUGAUUCUGGAGAUGACACGGAUACCGACACCGAAACUGAGGAUGAAUAUGAAGGCGACCCUAAAGGAGGCUUUGCAGAUGAUUCAGAUGACACCGCAGGUAGCGAGACGGAUUGUGCUACGGGUGAUAACGCAACAAACUCUCAAGCCGCCCCUACUGACCCCCAACGAUCAGAAUCCUCUGCUGACCCAGCCGCAGCUUCAGCCAGCGUUCCUAGUGACCAGGCUGCGUAUGAAAUGCCCGAGCCAGGAUCGGCCCGGGACCGAUUCAGGCAAGAAUGUUUCCGAAUGGGCCUCACGUCAAAACUCAAUGGAGAACCUUACCAACGUCCGAAAGAACCAUUUAUCUUUGGAGAGCCCCACGAACCGACACAUCAGACCCGAUUCCGACUCGGGGUUUUCAAGGUCGGCCUGGCAAAUCGCAGCCGCCCGAUGACCAUUUUUUCGAAACAGGCUGGCGAGAUCACUAUUUCUCCGCAGGAAUGGGAAUCUAUCGAGCAGGAUGUUCGUGAGAGUAUCGUCACCUAUGAUUACUUGCGAAGAGAAAGAUAUGAGUUGGCCAAGGUUGCUCGGGAUAUGUAA